AUGCCAUGGUGUGGCCCACCCAGCGGCUCAAAGGUACUGAGCACCGGCGAUUGGUUGGACGCCAUGCCCGGCUUUUGGCAAAGCGCGGACUGUGGUAUGAACUUCAAUCAUCUUCAUGCCGUCCAACUCAAAGGCCCUCGACUGGACAUGAAGCGCUUGCGGGUGGCACUGGAUCGCUUGCAAGCCCAGCAUCCGCGGCUCAGGGCCCGGCUCAUACGCGAUGCCUCCGGCCAACACUAUGUUGUGGAAGACAACACACCCCUCCCCAUCCAUGAGAAGACGGGAGCAGACCUAGCGACCAUGAACCUGGAUCUGGAGGCAGCUCUUCUGACCCACAUGGACGAACACCCUUCAGUCUUUGUCACCUACAUUUGGUAUGGGGAUGCAGUGCAGCGGGCCCUGCUGCUUGUGGGCAUGAGGCACGGACCUGGAGAUGGCCGGGCCGUGGAGAUCGCUCUGGCGCAGCUGCUCUUGCUCUACGAAGGACGACCCCUUCCGGAAGGAACCGGCAGCAGCCACAUGAACUACACCGAAAUAAUCAGCUUCGAUGGCAGCCUCAGCAAGGAGCAGGUGCAGAAGUGGCGGUCGAUCGAAGCUGAGUUUCCACCAAAGAUUCGCCACGCGCAGCAUGACACCUUCGUUCAACCACGAGAUCCGGAGUUUCGGGCGGUUUUCGAGGGCUUCUGCCUGGAGCUCAUGCGCCUUGAUGCAUCGGAGACGAAAGCUCUGGCCAAAGCUAGCCGGGCCGCAGGAACAACUGUGACUGGUGCGAUCGUGGCUGCAGCCCACCUGGCAGUAUUGAAGGAACUUCAAGCAAGAUGUUUAGAAGCCGAUCGCAUCAAAGUCGGCCUCCUCAUGAAUGAGCGGUCUUUUGUCGACAAGCGCUACUCGCAGGAGAUGGGGAACUUCGCGAGCGCCUUGCACUGGUUCUCGGAGGUCCAGCCCGACUUCUGGCACACUGCGAGGGAAGCUCGUCGAUUCAUGGACCGUGUGAUCCAGGAGAAAGUCACCUUUCCCGGUUUCAUCAUCCAGAACGAGUUCCUUUCUAUUGAGAUGCUCCAGAUGCUGUCGGGUGCCUCCGCAGAGCUCGCAGCUGGCAUGGGAGAGCAAGGAGAUCAUGUUUCGGUAUCGUCGCUGGGCGUGCUGACAAGUUUUGGCAAGUACGACAGCUUCGAAGUUCUUGAGAACAUCCAGGCCGCGCUCGCCGGCUUCAUGACCGGCAUUAACCUCUCCGUUUGCACCAGCGGAGCUUCUGGCACCAUGGCGAUGAGCAUACAGGUGACGAAGAAUAUUGUGCCCAGAGCACGGGAGCUGGCCAAAGCAGUAUGCCAGCAUAUCAAGGAGGCGCUAAGCAACCCGCCGCCCGUGGAGCCGGGCGUCGACACGGCACUGAGCCCUGUUGGGUCUGACUUCCGCGAAGCCUGCGAGAUCAUGGAGCCACUGAUCGCAAAGAACAAAUUGCGCCUGGCAGAAGCGCAAAGGACAGCCCAUGGGGCUUCUGCAAUGAUGGGAGACGUCUCGGGAGCAUAUACUUGGAAGACUCACUUCCUCGUGCCGGUGGUGACUUUUUUCGCCAUCUUGUCAUCGGGUCCUCUCCAGGCCUUUCCACUCUACGUAAGGCAGCUCAUGGACGCGGGCGUCUUCAGCUGGGCUUGUGAAGAUGGAGCCCGGAGCUGUUCCGAGCAGGGCGAGAGUCUGCAAGACCUCUACACCAGCACAUUUUCUGCACAGAUGCGCUUCUUUAUCCUGGUCGGGUUGGCCUACGACAUGAUAUCACGGCAGUGCUCUCACUGCUUCCGGCGCCGGUCUCCUGUACGGUGCUCGUGUGGCUUCCUUCCUCGGCUCGCUGACGGCCGCCAUCUGCUUUGUGGGCCUUGCCCUCGCGGCUUCGUUGGAUUCCCAG